GCUUUCUCCAUGCCACCUAAACCAAAUCCAAAUGAAAAGAAAGAAUUAGUUGUUAAAGUAGUUGCAGGUGAUGCAGCAGCAGGUGCAUCUCUUGGACCAAAGGUUGGACCUCUUGGACUUAACCCAAAGAAAACAGGUGAUGACCUUGCCAAAUCAACACUUGCAUGGAAAGGAUUGAGAGUAACAGUUAGAAUUACUGUUGUUAAUAGAGUAGCUACAUAUGAAGUUAUUCCAUCAGCUGCUGCUCUUAUUCUUAAAGCACUUAAAGAACCACCAAAGGAUAGAAAGAAGAACAAGGGAAUUCCAACCGUUCACUCUGGAUCUAUUUCAAUGGAUGAUGUUUAUGAAAUUGCUAGAACAAUGAGACCAAGAUCACUUGCUAAGACAUUUGCAGGAACAGUUAAAGAAAUUCUUGGAACCUGCAAUUCAUGUGGAUGCCAAGUUGAUAAGAAAUCACCAAAACAAGUAAUUGCAGAAAUUAACAAUGGAGAAAUUGAAGUUCCAGAGAAUUAAUUUAAGUGAUUUUUAUUACUUUUUAAUGUAAAAAGAACUAAUAAAGUCAUUGUUUCAUAUGAAUGAUAUUGUUCCUAUUGAAUCAUUCCAAUUAUAUUAACAAAUUCAAGACUAUCCACAACCUAUAGACAAUAGUUUCAUUCCACUUUCAGAAAAUGGAAAAGCACAAUCAAUGAAUGUGAUUAAUAUGAGUCUGAAGUGUGUAAUGACUGGAGGGAUUUUUGACAUAAUAAUUGAAGGACAACCUCAAGUUAUACACAUAGGAAAAGGUCAGUCUGGUGGAAAAAAAUAUUCACUAAGCGUUUAUGGAUAACUUAGAGAAUAUGUAGUUUAUUUUUAUGAUAACAAUUUUCAGAGAAGUGGAAAUGAUUUGAUUACGACUAUUCAAGUCAAAUG